AGCCUUCUGUUGGCUCUUGCCCUUGUGCAGGGGGCUGCUGGCGAUGGGAAGAACACAGCACUGUUUCUUCAGGCUCAGCCCGUUCCCGUCCUGGGGACUGGCGGCAGCAGGCUGAUGAGUGUUGGGUCAUGAGUGUCUGGCUCCUGCGUGUCUCAUGUCUACUGCUGAGCUGCCCACCUUCCAGUCAGGAGAGCUGCUGUGUCCCUCUGCCUUCCUCAUCCAGUAACUGUGGUACAUGGGAGUGGACCGAUGCGGGGUCUGUGUCACCUGGGUGUGGUGAGGUCCUUCUGCCCCGAAAUGGGCAAUACAUCUCCCUGCUUUAUUUCCUUACAGAGGAAGCAGUUUUUCCCAGUGUAUGGUAUUGCUUCCUCAUUGUGGCCCAUAUCUAAACCACCCGGCGUGGAGGGGUGAGAUGGGUGGUGGGGUGCGGAGUGAAGUCAGUGACUAAGUGUUGCAAGACUCCAGGUGUGGUGCUGGGAUGUACAACCCUUACCCGAGUGCCUGUCUCUUCCCUCUGUUUUCCUGUUAAGGUAGAGACUGCUGGUGCAAUGCCUGAUGUGAUUCUGGUGCACGUGGGUGUUGGGGCUCAGGGAGGUGGUAGUGAGCUGGCAGCAGGUUUUACUCUUCCUUUCUCUUCUGAAGGACUAGCUGCCCUCGAGGGGUUGGUGACAGAGGGACUGACACCUGGAUGGUUUGUCCUCCUGCCUCUACCUCGUGUGCUGUGGCUUCAUGGUGACCUCAUGCUGCUGCACUCUGGCCUCUAUCCACUGCGGAGAUGUUUGUGGCUGUGUAGGCUGGGGGUCUGAUCUGGGCUGAGCACUUCUUUCCUCUGUACAUGUGAUUCUGAACAGUUGGUUGCUCAGAUGCUUGUGCUGAUGAGAGCAGGAUUUCUUCUGCCUGCGUGGCCUAAACAGGUUGUGAAACCACAGCCUGGCCUGUUGGUGAGGCAGAAGGAGGGGGUGGCUCUGUGGCUGUGGGGUGCUGGAGCGGUGUCAGUAGGCAUGUGGGUGCCCUCGCUCAGCAACACAGGCUGGAGGUUUCUAAGUUCUGCCAUGCGGCAAGGAGGUUAGAGGCUGGAGGGAGCUGAGCAAGCAGGAUGGAAGAGUGAGCCCUGGGACUGGCUCUCCUGCAGCUUGGCUGGGUGUUGCUGUGGAUCUGGGUGCUUUUCUAGAAUGUAGGUGACCCCAGGAUGGGCCGGUGGCAGCAGCAGCUUGCUGGGCUCCUAUGCAAGAGCAGGAGCUGCUGCCCUGUCUCCAUUCUGGCCCUGAUGGCUCCUGUUCCUAUGGGCGUUGGUCGCAAUUGCAGUGAACGCUGCUCAAAGUUCACUGCCUCCUUGCUACUGGCCUGGCCCAGGUGUGGGCAGCCUGGAAGGCAUGGACUUCACCUGUGUCAGCUUCUGAGCAAGGGCUGGAGAGCAGCUGGGGGAUGAGCUGCUCUCCUGCCACUUAUGCAAGUGCAGAAUUGCUGGUAGAGGCCAAUUAUUUGGGGUGAGGCAGGCAGGAUCUCUCCCAGGAGUGCAGUAGUCUCAGAGGAAAUGAUUAUGGAGAGCUGAUUCCACCCAGGCCAGGAGGAGGAAGGUGUCUCUCUGUCCUCAGAUGAUGAAUGUUCCUCUCACCCCCUCUUACAUGGUGCCUGGGCCUCAGAUUCGCUCUUGUAUCUGGCCUGCCUCUGCAGCAUUGCUCCCAGCGCUGGCCUGGCAGGCCAGGGAAGUGGUGCUGGCUCUCUCCGGGCAGCGCGUGGGUAGCUGCGCCGGGCGGGAGGGAGCAUGGUGAACUGCAAAGACGAGUUUUUCCGACCUAGGAGGGUGGGUCACCAUGUUUGUGUGUUCCUGGCAGGCCCCUUGCCCAGUGGAGUAACGCAUUCUUCCAAGCAUGUUGCUGCAUGCGCAGCUGUUUGCCGUGCCUGGCUCCGGGCGGGCUGAGUUGCUUCAAGGUGUGUGUGUGGGGAGUGGUGGUGGAGUGAUGGCCUUGCAUGAUGCUUACAGGAACUGCUGAGGGAGCAGGGGACAGCCUGGAUGUGCUGCAGAGCCUCUCUUGCAGCCCCAGCAAAUAGAUAUCCUGCAGGGUCACGGUGCUAUUGCCUCCUCAGCUCUGCAAAUACCGAGCCCAUCUUCAGAGCCUUCUGGGUGCAGUUGUGUCCCCAUGGGAGACUCCUUGAGGCUGGGAUGUGGCACCUGCUGCCUUUUUCUUGUGAGAUGCUCGCUGCUCCAGGCAGGAGUGUGUAGCCACUUGUGCAUGAUAGGUCCUCGCAUGCAGUCCCUGGAGGUAGGACUCCUUGGGGAGUGGGCCCAGUUAGGCUGUGCAGGUUGUCAGGGUGGCUGUGCCCGUGCCCUGUCCCAGCCUGUGUGCUACGUUGGGGUGGUGGGGAGCAGCCCUUGGCAGGACGUGGUGUUUAGAAGCUUACGGGAAAAGGAAGCCACGAUGUCAUUUCCCGUCUGACCAGGAAAUGCAGGUUUCCUUCCCCUUGGAUGGUGCAGGAGCUUGGGAAGCUGCCUAUUAGCAAGCGGGCUAAGGGGAUCUGCAGCCAAACGUAGUGCUGGGGGGCAGCUUCAGCUGCGGGCUGGGGUAGGACGCUUCCCCCAUGGUUUUCCUUCACCCAUUCAUUACUCCUCUUGGCAGGGUCCUCAAAAUUCACUCGGAGUUGAUGCAUACAUGCAAUUAGGGAGCGGGGGCAUCCGAUGAGGUCAUACCGAAUGGAGCUGGGCUUUUGUUGGCUGCCUCCUCCUGCCCAGCCCUGGCUGAUGGGUGCUGUGACUCAGCCCACCGCCUGCCCAGGGGCUGAGGCUGUCCGGAGUGAGGGGAGGACAUCCUACUGCUGUUACGGGGCCAUCUUGGAGAUACCCUGCACGCCGCUCCCACCCCAAAACGGCCGUUUCUUGGGUGAUGCUGACCUGGAAAGACAGAAGUUCCCAGAUCUGAAGCUCAACGGACCACAGGACCACAGCCACCUCUUGUACAGCACAAUCCCCAGAAUGCAGGACCCAGGCCAGAUCGUGGAGGAGACAUACACCAUGGAGGAGGACCCAGAAGGGGCCAUGUCUGUUGUGUCUGUGGAGACAUCGGAUGACGGGACAACCCGACGCACAGAGACCACGGUGAAGAAAGUGGUGAAGACUGUGACCACCCGGACGGUGCAGCAGGUCCCCAUGGGGCCUGACGGGUUACCCUUGGAAACUUCCCCUGUCACCAGCAAUUACGUCCAGACGAUGGAUAGGAACUUCCGCAAGAACGGCAACGGCGGCCCUGGCAGCUACCUGAGCCAGCCAGGCACAGCCACGCUUCCUCGCAACUACCAUUACCCCGAUGGCUAUGGCCGCCCCUAUGAUGACAGCUACCCGGGCAGCGAUCACAGCUAUGGCAGCCUGUCCCGUGUCACCCGCAUUGACGAGCGCUAUCGCCCAUCUAUGGACGCUUACCGGGCCCCCAGCCGCCAGGACAUCUAUGGCCCCCAGCCUCAAGUGCGAGUUGGGGGCAGUAACAUGGACCUCAACCACUUCCACCCUGAGUCGUAUGGCCUGGAAGACGACCAGCGCAGUGUGGGCUUUGAUGAUGUGGACUACGGGCUUAUGUCUGACUAUGGCACGGCCAGGAGAGCAGGGACACCAUCCGAUGCUCGACGUCGGCUCAGGAGUUAUGAAGACAUGCUGGUGGAUGAAGUGGCUCCCGACCGGUACUACUGGGCCCCCCUGGCUCAGCAUGAGCGGGGCAGCUUGGCCAGCCUGGACAGCCUGCGGAAAGGAGCACCGCCCCCGGGCAACUGGCGUCAGCCAGAGCUGCCAGAGGUGAUAGCGAUGCUGAGCUUCCGCCUGGAUGCUGUCAAGUCCAAUGCAGCUGCUUACCUGCAGCACCUGUGUUACCGUAAUGACAAGGUGAAGACAGAGGUGCGCAAGCUGAAAGGCAUUCCAGUGCUGGUGGGAUUGUUGGACCACCCCAAGAAAGAGGUGCAUUAUGGUGCCUGCGGGGCCCUCAAGAACAUCUCCUUUGGCAAGGACCAAGACAACAAGAUUGCCAUCAAGAACUGCGAUGGGGUGCCUGCUUUGGUGCGCCUGUUGAGAAAGACCCAUGAUAUGGACCUCACAGAGGUCAUCACAGGAACGCUGUGGAACCUGUCUUCACAUGACUCCAUCAAGAUGGCCAUUGUGGAUCACGCACUGCAUGCCCUGACUGAUGAGGUUAUCAUCCCCCGCUCAGGCUGGGAGCGAGAACCCAAUGAGGACUCAAAACCCCGCCACAUUGAGUGGGAAUCAGUACUCACCAACACUGCUGGCUGCCUUAGGAAUGUGAGCUCAGAGCGGAGUGAAGCCCGUCGGAAGCUGCGAGAAUGUGAUGGGCUGGUGGAUGCCCUGAUAUACAUCAUUCAGUCUGAGAUCGGCCAGAAGGACUCAGAUAGCAAGCUGGUGGAGAAUUGUGUGUGCCUGCUGAGAAACUUGUGUUACCAAGUCCAUCGUGAGAUCCCCCAUGCUGAGCGCUACCAGGAGACUCCUCUGGCCACCACCAACAACGCUGGGCCCCACGCUGCAAGCUGCUUCGGUGCCAAGAAGGGCAAAGGUAAAAAGCUCCCUGAAGACCCUGGUGCAGAUACAGUGGAUUUUCCUAAAAGAACAACUCCAGCCAAAGGCUAUGAGCUCCUCUUCCAGCCAGAAGUGGUCCGGAUAUACAUCUCCCUGUUAAAGGAGAGCAAGACUCCAGCCAUCCUAGAGGCUUCAGCAGGAGCAAUUCAGAAUCUGUGUGCUGGCAACUGGACGUACGGCCGGUACAUCCGCUCGGCACUCCGCCAGGAGAAGGGACUCUCUGCCAUUGCUGACCUCCUGACUCAUGACAGUGAACGUGUGGUGAAAGCAGCAUCUGGAGCCCUCCGCAACCUGGCUGUUGACUUACGUAACAAAGAGCUGAUAGGUAAACAUGCCAUCCCCAAUUUAGUGAAGAACCUGCCUGGAGGCCAGCAGACUCCAGCCAAAAACCUCUCUGAGGAUACAGUGGUGUCCAUCCUCAAUACCAUCAAUGAAGUCAUUGUAGACAACCUGGAGGCUGCCAAGAAGUUGCGGGAAACGCAGGGGAUUGAGAAGUUGGUGCUGAUCAACAAAACUGGGAACCGCUCAGAGAGAGAAGUCCGAGCAGCUGCCGUCGUCUUGCAAACAGUCUGGGGAUAUAAAGAGCUACGGAAGCCCCUGGAGAAGGAAGGCUGGAAGAAGUCAGAUUUCCAGGUGAACCUCAGCAAUGCCUCUCGGACACAAGGGGGAAACUCAUUUGAUGACAGCACCUUGCCUCUCAUUGACAGGAACCAAAAAACAGACAAGAAAUCCUCCCGGGAGGAGAUCCAGAUGAGCAACAUGGGACCAGACAACUAUUCCACACUUAAUGAGAUGGACCACAGCAGGACACUGGACCGAUCUGGUGAUCUUGGAGACACGGAGCCAGUGAAGGCAGCACCAUUGAUGCAGAAGAUCUAGCUGCACUCCCUGCCUCCACUCAAUUUGGUUGAUAAUAUAUUUUAUAUAUUAUAAAUAUAUAUAACUCUUCGUGGUGGAAUGGACCGAAUUUUUUUCAACCUGCUUUUUUUUUUUGCUGGACUGUUUGUGCCAACUAGCCAGCCAAAUGACUGGGCCUGGUCCCACAGGAGGCAGCCCAGGCCGCUCUGCCUCUUCUCGGUGGCUGCACCUCCCUGUUCUGGGACAACUAUCAAUAACUCUUCCUCCCUGUCCUCCACCACUUCCCUUCCUUCAAAGAGGAGGCCCUCCUGCCUGACUGCCUGCGCCAACUGGCAAGGAUGCUGCAAAACAAUUCCAGACCUCUGCCUUGACCAGGAACUGCCUUCUGCCUCGCCUUCCUUCUGCUUGGAGUCUACUGCGGGGACAGGGACCGAGACCUUACUUGCCACCGUCCUUUGUUGCCUAUAGGAUAUUUUUCUGUGUGUGGGAUCACUCUUCGACUGAGGCUGCAGGGACAAGAGCAUCCCUCCCUGGUGGCAGCAGAACUGGGAUGCGAAGGAGACUAGAGUCACGGGGGUGUUGGUGGAAAGGAAAAGCAGCAAUAACUCGUCUUGCUUUGCUCUAGAUGAGGCUUUGGGGGGUGUGGGAAGAGGGAUCUAUCCUAGCUCUGACGGUUUGGCCUGGCUCUGGGUCCUGCUAGGGGGAACGGGGGUCUGGAUGGGGCAAUUGAAAAGAGGAGGGAUCCUUAUGUAGGGAGAGGGUCUGUGUGGUGCGUGUGGGAUGGGCCUCUCUGCCCUGGGGGUGAUCCUUCCCUGGGAAAGGAGGAGGGGAAGGUAGGAGGAAAAGCAGCAGGGCUUUUGGGGCCGGAUUUCUUUGGGAACUGGCUGAAGGUAGCGGUGGGUCUCCGAGGGCAUUCACAGCAGGUAGGGCCUGGGUCCCAUCCACCCCCGUGCACCAGCUGCCUGUGGCAGUGCCCCCUCAGACUUCUCUUGACAUGUGCCUUUCUUUUGCCACUGUGAAAUAGCUCUUUGAAUUGUACUGUCUGGCUUCACUAGGGGAAGCAGUGUUCCAGGCUCCUGGCGGGGCUGAGCUGGAAGCCCGGCGGGGAGGAUCCCAGCCCUGCUGCCUUCGGCUGCCACUGCUCAACAGGGAGCAGGGCUCUCCCCUCUCUCCUGUCCUGGGGAGUCCAGGCUGUCCUGGAGCAUCUCUGUGGUGGUGGGGAGCGUUUGGUGCUGUGAUCUUCUGGGUGAAUAGGGGGAGGCUUUUAGGCUCUCUGCAACUGGAAGCCUCCUUGCAAGGCUGCAAACUGGAGGUGGAGCCCUCCCCAGUACGCACACUUGUGCCUCGCUCUUCCAGCUCCAGCCACACCUCAGCUCUGUUUGGUUUUGUUCUGGGGUCUAACUUCUCUUUUUUUCCUUUCAAUAUGUAAAACACUAAUUCCUUUUAAUUUUUUAAUUCCAGAUGAACCAAAAAACAACCAACCAACCACAAAACCAAGCUUCCCCCUUCCCUCCUCUCCUGCACAGGGCAGGGGAGCUGGCUGCAGGGUGAGGGUGGAGGGGGCAGGAGCACCCCACUGUUCCUUGUCUGAUUCCUGUGCACACUCUUGUAACGCUUUUCAAACAAAAUGAUUUUUUUAUAUAAAUAAAGUUUUUAAAGUGUG